ACGAGCAAGAAGAAGAUCGGGCAGAAGGGGCUGCCGCGACGCUUUUCUUCCCAGAAGACAUUUACCCAAACGCACGAAGGUCCUUUACAAUGAAGUGGAGUGUAGCGACGUUAUGUCUGUUCAGCAUGCUGCUGCACGUGGUUCACAAUCAAUUUCUCGGUUCCCACAACUCUCUCGAGUCCGGUGGACAGGAGAGCUUCUACCCAUUCAGAGUCCCGGGCUUCUCCCUUGCGGGCACCGGCUUGAAGCAGACGCGUAGACCCACCCUAGGUUAUAUAUCGCCUAGGGCACAGUUUGCGGAACAACCUAAACCAGAGGAGCGCUGUCGACCCAGACAACUUUCCUUCUGCGAUGACGUGCUCCCAUACAAUGAGACGUCGUCCUCUGGCCUUGCGGGUGUGGACAGCAACCGUCCUCUCGGGUUCUUCAUGCUUCUGUUGAAGACACACUGCAACGUACGGCUCAAGCAGCUCGUCUGUGCCCUUCUGGAACCUCCUUGUCGGCGGGGCAAACCCAUGUAUCCCUGCAGAAAGUUCUGCAAAGUGGCCACAGAGAACUGCCAGAACCUGAUUCCGUCCACGCUGUCGCUGUCGCGAGUCCUAGACUGCCGUCGCUAUCCGGACUCUGACAGCAGCGACGUCUGUCUCAACCUAGCGCGUAGUCCUGUAUGCCUCAGUAACGAGCACCAAUGUCCCGAUUACACGUGCAUUCCCGAGCACUGGCGCUGCGAUGGAGUGCGUGACUGCCCUCUGGCCGCCGACGAGGCAAAUUGUACUGGAAAAUUGGUGUGCAACAAGGACGAGUUCCGUUGUGAUAUGCGUUGCAUUCCGAACACGUGGCGGUGCGACGGCGAAGCCGAUUGCAAGGACGCUGCCGACGAAGCAAACUGUCCACCUAAGCCUCAGUGCGGUCCGGAUCGUUUUGCCUGUAGCGACGGUGUCGGCUGCCUCCCAAGGCGUUGGGUUUGCGACGGCAGAGCAGAGUGUCGAGAUGCUAGCGACGAGAAAGACUGCGCCAACAAAAGAUGUACGCCAGGGGAUUUCCAAUGCGACAACGGCAUAUGCGUCCCAUCACUUUGGAGGUGCGACGGACAAAACGACUGCAAGGAUGGCAGCGACGAAAAACACUGUGGCACAUUCCACCAGGUACUUGGAAUGCCGAACUCACUAUCAAGAUCGUGAAGGAACAGCUGUGUGCAUCACUACAUCGUCAUUUUAUUUAUUUAUUGGAUCACCAACGUGUACUACAAGCAUGUUUACUGCGCAAACCUUGCACAUGUAAAUAAAAGCACCAACUCCAUAAAACGAGAA